AUGGAUGAUUUUUAUAUAAGAGAUUAUAAUGCCCUUAAGAAAACAAAAGAAAGGAUCAUGAAUAUUAAUAUGCUGUUCAUUUUAUACCUGUUCAUUAUGACUGUUUAUUGUUCACAAAUUGUUGAUUAUGAAAAAAUACAAAAAAUUGUAAAUGAAGCUGAUGGAUGUUCAUCAGAUGAUGUAGAUUAUAUGAAUAAUUAUAUAAACAAAUUAUAUUGGAUAUGGACAGAUAACUUUUUUCGAUACUUACGUAUUAAGACAUAUAUAUAUGAAAAUGAAGAAAUUUAUGAAUCUAUAAAUAAUAAUAUUAUUAUUAAUAAUUCUUUUAAUAACAUUUUCGAUUUAUUUAAUGAUAAUUUUAUACAAUAUAAACAAAGGGAUGAAUAUACAAGACGGGCUUUACUUAUUUUAUCAAAUGAACAAUCACUUAAAAAAUUUAUAAGAAAACAUGUACCUAAAAGAAAAAUCAAAUUCUUUCAAAAAUUAUCCACAGAAAAAUUAUUAAAACUUUUAUCUGACGAAAAAAAAAACUUAAUUAAUUCUUAUGAGAAAUAUAAAAUGUUUGAUGAAUUUAGAGAUGUAGCAAAUUCCAAAUAUUAUUAUCAAAAGGAGUUGCUUGAUAGUAAAUCAGAAAUUAAAACAGAAGAUAAUAUAUAUCCAGAUAAAAAAAAUAAUCCCAAAGAUAAUAAUAAUAAUAAUAAUAAUAAUAAUAUCAAUAAUAAUUAUUUAGUAAAAAAUGUACUUACCCUUGAUAUAAACAAUAUACCCGUAACAAAAGAAUUAUAUUUUGAUUACUAUGAUAAUAAUAAAUGGAAUAAAUAUUUUUAUUCAGAUGAAGAUGAAGAUAAAUUAAUAACAUGA